AAUACACACGUGAACAAGAAAUUUUGAGAUUAUUAUAUUUAAUAUCUCUAUACGAUUCAGGACAUAUCCAAACGAUUCAAUUUCUUGAUGAAGGAAUAACAAUUACUUAUACAAACAAUAAGCAAACCCAAUUUUAUUUUGAAAUGGUGAGGGUAUAUAAUAAAGAUGGCUUCGAGAAUAAGAUAGCCGAUAAUCUCAAUACAAUGCUUAUUGUAAGUGAAGACCCUAGCGUUGAGGGUAAUGAAGAUACAAUUGUAAAAUAUUAUUUAUUCGAUUUAGGACAUAUCCAAACGAUUCAAUUUCUUGAUGAAGGAAUAACAAUUACUUAUACAAACAAUAAGCAAACCCAAUUUUAUUUUGAAAUGGUGAGGGUAUAUAAUAAAGAUGGCUUCGAGAAUAAGAUAGCCGAUAAUCUCAAUACAAUGCUUAUUGUAAGUGAAGACCCUAGCGUUGAGGGUAAUGAAGAUACAAUUGUAAAAUAUUAUUUAUUCGAUUUAGGACAUAUCCAAACGAUUCAAUUUCUUGAUGAAGGAAUAACAAUUACUUAUACAAACAAUAAGCAAACCCAAUUUUAUUUUGAAACGGUGAGGGCAUAUAAUAAAGAUGGCUUCGAGAAUAAAAUAGCUGAUAAUCUCAAUACAAUGCUUAUUGUAAGCGAAGAUCCUAGCAUUGAGAGUAAUGAAGAUGCAAUUGUAAAAUAUUAUUCAUUUGAUUUAGAUAUCGAGGAAAAUAUUGAUCCGAAAGAAGAAAAUAAUAAAGAUGACCACGCAAAUUUUGAUCUGAAAGAAGGAAAAGAA